AUGUCUGCACGAUACCCUCUUCAAAGUGUCAAACAAUUGGAUUUAAACAGAAGAAAUUCUAAUACUGAUCCGACACUUAACAUUUCUAAGUUCCCUUCUAUUCCCACUUAUCAAGUUGAAAACAAUGAUCCAACUGUCUUGCAAAAGCAAAUUCAACCUCUUUCUGAACGAAAUAAUCUGCGAAACGCAUUCAUAGACACAAACCAAACUCAAAUUGCACCUCCUGCAUCUCCAUCUAAAGACGUUAAAAUGUAUGAUAUUCAUUAUGACAACCCUGAGACAUUUGAACGAGCUCCUCUAUAUCCAGCACCACUACCUUCUCAGCCUAUCCAGUCAUUUCCUGCUUCGAUUCCAUUACCAAUCCCGGCACCGCUGUAUCCGGCUCCAAUUCCUGUUUCGGCUCCAGAACAACAAAAUAUUCAACCGACAAAUAGCGAAAAUGUUACUCCUAAGCCCAAGAAGAAGGAAAAAAAGAAGGAUAAAGAAAAACUUUCUUCGCUCUGCAAGACCCCACCUUCUACUAUUAAAAACCCAAAGAAGAAUAAAAGCUUUAAGCGUGGUCUAUGUCUUGGUGCUGGUGGUUUUGCAAGAUGCUUUCAAGUUAAGGAUCAGUCUGGACAAAUAUAUGCAGCAAAAACCGUAGCAAAGGCUUCUCUUACGACCGAAAAGAGUAGAGCAAAAAUCGUCGCUGAAAUAAAAAUCCACCAGCUUCUUCGACAUCCAAACAUUGUCCAAUAUAUCGAUGGCUUUGAAGAUGAUUUAAAUGUCUAUAUUUUACUGGAAAUGUGCCCCAAUAGUUCUCUUAUGGAUCUGAUUCGUAAGCGGGGGUCCCUUACUGAACCUGAAUGCAGAUUUUAUAUCACCCAAAUCGUUGGAGCUGUUAAGUACAUGCAUGACAUUGGCGUUAUCCACAGAGAUUUAAAACUUGGGAAUAUAUUUCUUGAUGGUGAUAUGAAUGUUAAAAUAGGUGAUUUUGGAUUGGCAGCUCUUCUUGACUCUAAAACUGAUCGGAAGAAAACCAUUUGUGGCACACCUAACUAUAUAGCUCCUGAAGUUCUUUUUGGUAAGGACAAAGGUCAUAGCUACGAAGUUGACAUUUGGUCGAUUGGCAUUAUUCUUUACGUUAUGCUUUUUGGAAAGCCUCCAUUUCAGUCAAAAAAUGUGGAAGCAAUUUAUGAUCGAAUCAAACGAAUUGAUUACACAUUUCCAGAAAACAGAACUGUUUCUGAUGAAGCUAAAAAUUUGAUCAUGUCGUUAUUGACAUUUGAUCCCGAAAAAAGACCUUCUCUUGACCGGAUAAUGGAACAUCCAUUUUUUUUUGGAGAAUUUCCCGAGGCAUUAGAUCCUUCAAUUAUUACUACUGUUCCUACACAUUUUAUUCCAAUGGACUUUCGAAUUGCCGAGCACAAUUUUAUUGAAUGCAUGAUUAAAACACGGCUAAUAGAUCGCACUUUUAAACACCGACCAAAAACUGGAAAGACUGUUUUGGACGUUCUUUCUGAUGAAAGUAGGAAUAACAAUAUCUCAGUUCCAGAUAAUGGCAUAUUACCAAGCUCUAUUUCUCCAGCAACUACUAAAGACAAGUACAAAAUGGUUAUGGUUCAUACCAAUAACUACGGACGAGUGGAACGAGGUGGUGAAGAGCUUGGAAAGUCGAUGACUGGUAUCAUUAAUAAAAACACUUAUAAUACCAACAGUAUUCAUGAUGGAAAACACAUACAACAAGAACAACUUUAUUCACAACAAAAUCAGCAUCAGAAUCAGCAAAACCAGCAAAGCCAGCCGCAACAGAAACAACAACAUAUUGCUACCGAUCAGUAUGCCAUAAUAAACUAUCGAAACGGCUCUGACGGUCUCACAGCACCAGAACCAACAAAUAAUGUAACUUAUGAAAAUGGUGUCACUGUGGUUAAUUUUGAUUUUGUUGACGUUCCACACCCUUAUGAUGUUUUUGGGGUAGGCCUUAAUAAUCUCAAUAAUCUUAUUACGAAUCCUGGUCGAGAGUUUAUAGUUGCUUCUACUCAUGGGAUCCCCGCUCCAAUGGUGACUUACAUUACUAAGUGGGUUGAUUAUUCAAACAAAUACGGAAUUGGAUAUGAACUUGCGAAUGGAAUGGCAGGUGUUUUACGGCCAGACAGUUCGACAAUUCAACUUAACACUUAUAGCGGAUCGUUAGAUAUGAUUCAUUAUAGCCGCAAUUUGAAGCAGAUGGUUCUUCAAAGAGUUCAUAAUAUCCCAGGCCAACAACUUCGAUCAAAUGAAUCAAAGCAGCUUGCAUUGGCAACUUCUAUGCAUUCAUACAUGGAUAAAAACCUUCGUGAAUGUGGUGACCGAAACACUACAUGCAUUGACUGUGGAAAACAAUCCCUGCAAAAUAGUGAUAUUCCACAGCAUCAUAAUUCAUCUUUUGAUCCUAAUGAAGACAACUUUAAUCCACCUCUUGGACCAGCUGAAUCCACUAUAUAUCUGUAUGAUUUCUCUCGUUUAGGAGAUUCAUUUAUGUUUCAACUAUCCAAUGGUGACUGUCAAGUUAACUUUUCUGAUCACACAAAGUUUGUUUUUCUUGCUCAUGGAGAGGGUGUUGCAAUUAUUGAUUCAGAUCAAAUACAUUAUUUGGGGCUCCAGGAUUUGCAAUACAUGAACGGAGGAGACGAGGAAAAUAGCAUCAAUAGUGUAGGAACACCUCAAUAUCACGUAUGCUGCCAAAGCUUGUACAAUCGUUUGGUACAAGAUGACUUGAUAUUUAAUUUUAUCAAAGGGAAGAUGGCAAUGUGCAAACGUGAACUCAAAGAAAGCGUGAUGGGCUAG